GCAGGCCCCGAGGUUAGCCGAGCGUCUAGGCCCGGAAGAAGGCGGGCCCGCUGCCCCCUCCCCUGCGCACCUUGGCUGGCGGGGGCUCGCGCCCCACCGCUGCAUGGGUAGCUGGAGCCGCAGGGCCCGCCGCGUGAGGCAGCGGUCACGUGUUGUUUUGCCCGCCGCCGUGCGCUUUGAGUUGAGUGGGCGGGGGCGGGGCCGAGGCGGGAGGGGGCUAGGGCGGGCGGACAGGGGUAGACGGCUUCUUCCCCCAGCCCUCCCUUCCCCGAGCCCCCCCGCCUCCCCCUCGCUCAUUUUAAAACCACCGUGCAUCACCAUGGCGAGUGGCUCCUUCGCUCGCGACCAAGCGACGAGGAGACUGAGGGCUGCUGCAGCGGCAACAGCGGCGGCUCUCUCUGCGGUGGCGACCACCCCACUUCUUUCCUCGGGCAUCCCUACCGCACUCAUUGGGACCGGGUCGUCUUGUCCGGGAGCCAUGUGGUUCUCCACGGCCACCGGCUCCCGGUCAGACUCGGAGUCUGAUGAGGAGGACCUCCCCGUCGGGGACGAAGUCUGCAAACGCGGCUACCUUCGGAAGCAGAAGCACGGCCACAGGCGCUACUUCGUGCUCAAACUCGAGACAGCCGACGCCCCGGCUCGGCUGGAAUACUAUGAAAACGCCAGGAAGUUCCGGCACAGUGUCCGCGCCGCGGCGGCGGCGGCGGCGGCGGCUGCCUCCGGAGCCGCGGUCCCCGCGCUCAUCCCGCCGCGGCGCGUUAUCACCCUGUACCAGUGCUUCUCCGUGAGCCAGCGAGCCGACGCCAAAUACCGACACCUCAUCGCCCUCUUCACCCAGGAUGAGUACUUCGCCAUGGUGGCCGAGAACGAGUCGGAGCAGGAGAGCUGGUACUUGCUGCUCAGCCGCCUCAUCCUCGAGAGCAAACGCCGCCGCUGCGGCACGCCGGGCGCGCUGCCGGAUGGGGAGCCAGCCGGGCCGGCGGCUGCAGCGGCGGCGGCCGAGCCACCCUUCUACAAGGAUGUGUGGCAGGUAAUAGUCAAACCCAGGGGGCUGGGGCACAGAAAAGAGCUGAGCGGCGUGUUCCGGCUCUGUCUUACCGACGAAGAGGUGGUGUUCGUGAGGCUGAACACCGAAGUGGCCAGCGUGGUUGUCCAGCUCUGGAGCAUCCGUCGCUGCGGGCACUCGGAGCAGUAUUUCUUCUUGGAAGUCGGCAGGUCCACGGUCAUCGGCCCCGGGGAGCUCUGGAUGCAGGUCGAUGACUGUGUGGUAGCCCAAAACAUGCACGAGCUGUUUCUGGAGAAGAUGAGAGCCCUGUGUGCCGAUGAGUACCGAGCCCGCUGCCGCAGCUACACCAUCAGCAUCGGCGCCCACCUGUUAAACCUGCUGUCCGCUAGGAGGCACCUGGACACGCUGCCGCGCGAGCCCGGCGGCUGGCUGAGAAGGUCCCGCUUUGAGCAGUUUUACCACUUCAGGGCCAUCGGCGACAGGGAAGACGAGAUGCCCCUCACCAGGCGCUACCUGACACCCAGCGAACCCGUGCCCACCUCCAGGCGAGCAAGGCUGCACCUGCCUAGAGCGCGCAGGUCCAGGAGAGCGAUUUCAGUGCCUGCCAGCUAUUUUCGCCGCCUCCCAUCCAGACCGGUACGUGUCCCGUAUCCUGCAGAAGUCCCGAACCACAGAGCUGGCCUGUCUCCUGAAGCCUCUGGAUCUGGCAACUCUGGGGAAGAAGACAGUCCCCAAGGCCAAGAGGCUCAGGAAGGAAACGGAGGUGACUACAUGCCCAUGAACAGAUGGGGCUCGGGCAACGGCCAGGGUUCCGGAAGUGGCCAGGGCUCGAGUGGCCAAGGCUCCAGUAGCCAGGGUUCAGGAGGAAGCCAGUGCUCUGGCGGGGAGCCGGGCUCCGGUGGUGGCCAGGGCUCAGGGAGCCAGGGUGCAGGAGGAAACCAGCGGUCAGGAGAUGGCCAGAGCACUGCAGGUGGGCAAGGCUCGGGCAGUGGCCAGGGAGCCAGCGGCGGUGGACAUGGCUCCAGCGGUGGGCGGGGACCCGGAGAUGGCCAUGGCUCAGGCGGGGGUAAGAGCCACGGAGGGGGUAAAGGUUCAGGAAGUGGGAAAAUUUCGGAGGGCAAUGGUGAGCGUGGAAAAUCUCUGAAGAAAAGGUCCUACUUUGGCAAAUUAACUCAAAGCAAGCAGCACAUGCCACCCCCUCCACCUCCACCUCCACCGGCUGGAGCAACUGGUAGCAAAGGGAAGUCUGGGGGAAGGUUCCGACUUUACUUUUGCGCUGACAGGGGAACCCCAAAAGAACGCAAAGAGGCCAAGGAGCUCAAAGACUUAGAGACACUGGAAGGUGCAGCUCAGGGGCCCCACAGAGCCAGAGCUUUUGACGAAGAUGAGGAUGACCCUUAUGUGCCAAUGAGGCCGGGGGUGGCUGCCCCUCCCCCAAGCUCCAGUGACUAUAUGCCAAUGGCUCCUCAAAAUUUGGCUCCUCAAAACUUCGCUCCUUCAAAAAUGCACCACUCUCGAUCACCUUUUGAAGAUUCAAGAGGGUACAUGAUGAUGUUUCCCAGAGUGAGCUCACCACCUGCCCCAAGUCCCCCGAAAGAGGCAGAUCCUGAAAAGGAGGAUGAGUCAAAGGACAAUGACAGUGAGAGUGACUAUAUGUUUAUGGCUCCUGGAGCCGGUGCAAUUCCAAAAAAACCCCCAAAUCCUCAGGGUGGCUCUUCCUCUAAAAACUGGAGCUCUUACGUUUCCCUGCCAAACCCUUUUCAGGGCUCCCCAUUGGGACAGAGUGACCACAGUGAGUAUGUACCAAUGUUACCUGGAAAGUUCCCAGGGAAGGGCCUAGACAAGGAAGCCUCAUCCAGCGGGGGCCCCAAAGAUGCAGUUUCAAAGCCUUCAGCUGAGGGGUCAUUCUCAAAGCGUGGAGAUGGGGCGUCACUGACAAAGCCUUCAGAUGACGGCCCCCCCAAGAACAAGGCUAAAAGACCUAACAGCCUCUCUUUCAUCACAAAAGGAAAUAAAAUCAAGCCAAAAUCACAAAAGCCCACUCGUGAACAGAGAGGAGCUGACAGCUCUCAUGACUACGUCAACAUUGACUUCACUAAGAGAGAGAGCAAUGUGCCAGCCCCCUUUAUUCACGGACUGCCAGGUUCGUGGGGCAUCAUUGCGGGCCCCAGACUGUCAGCCUUUUCUAACUAUGUGAAUGUUGAGUUCGGACUGCCAUUUCCAAACCCAGCACACAGGCUCUCGAAUCUUUUAAGAGCCAUUCCAGGUGCCAACCCCCUUUAUCUGGAAGGUGCUAGGUGGCCACUUGUGCCUCUUCCUCCCAACACUGCAGGUGGCAGUGCGAAUGAGGAAGAGGGUGACUACAUUGAAGUGAUUUUCAAUCCAGCAAUGACACCAGCCGUGCCUUUUGGUGACAGGGCCAUUCGCUAUGAUGCCGAAACAGGUCGCAUCUAUGUGGUCGACCCAUUUUCAGAGUGCUGUAUGGACAUUUCGCUCUCCCCCGGCCGCUGUUUCGAGCCACCACCUGUAGCCAGGCUGCUGCAGGAAGAACAACAGCCGGAGCGAAGACGCCCGCAAAGCCGUUCGCAAAGUUUCUUUGGGUCGGCCAGGGCCGCGGUCUCAGCUUUCUCAACGGAUAGCCUCGAGAGAGAUCUCUCGAGCCCCUUGGCCGCGGCCGCUGCUGCUUCGGCAGCUGCGCCCGCCCUAGCCUUGAGCCAGGCGUUUGCCGCCGCCUCUGCCCUCGUCGUGGCCCCGGGCGUCGGGGCAGCCGCCAGGGGCUUGGAGGCCGCCGCAGGCUUUAACUCCGCCUCCGCCCGCUGGUUCCAACCUGUUGUUGGCGCCGCGGCCGCGGCCGCCGCCGAAGCGGUCAGGGGGGCCCCAAACGUGGCCGGUGGCUCGAACCUGAGAGCCCCCAACCCAUUUGCAGACCUAGCUGGCGGUGAGAACGGGGCCGCAGCGGCCGCCCCCCGACCGCCGCCGCGCCGCCCGGUGCCGAGACCCCCGGGGCGAGAGGAUCCUGACGAAGACGACGACGAUGACGACGACAUCUACGUGAGAAUGGACUUUGCCAGACCUGACAACAAGAAGUUCGACUCUCCCCGCAGAGGUCCUGGAACUGAAGCUGCUGUUAAGAACUUUCCCAUGGUCAAAGAGAGUGAUUACAUUGCCACAAAAACACACUUUAGAAGACAAGUGAUGCUUAUGAAGUUUCAUCUUUGUCCACUCCAGAUCUGCCUAAAAGAAAGAAAAUUCAGAGGCUUCUGAAUAGAAAACAGCCUGAAUUUCUAAAAGCUGAAAAAUGGAUGCUGGCAGGUGAAUGAUCCCAACAUAGAUCAUUUGUCUUGCUGCUUUAUGGAUCAAGUAAUUUUGAGUGGAGAAAUUCACUCUGUACUUUGUUUUUAUUUUCUGGUUUUCCCUCCCCCCCAAAUCUCUUUGAAAGGAAACAAAUAUUACAAAAGCAAGGCUCUCAUAACUCCUUUCCCCCUUAAAAAAAUGUUGUUUACAUAUGUAUAAAUGUGGCCAACACCAAUUUCACCGAUGUUUAACACUUAGAUUUAGUUUUGAAGCCGAAAAUCCUUUACACAAGAGCAGAAAAAGAAAAAAAAGUUACGUUCAUGAGAAGGUAGGUAUAAUCUGGAAUCUUUUUCUUCUGAGUACAUAAAACAUACAUAAUACAUUUCUUGAUCAAGGUGUUAAAUGUCAGCUGGACUGAUAUCUUGAUGCGACAUAUUCAGUAUCUUAAAGACAGGACCAAAGGACAGACUACCACAGUUUUUUCUCAUUAACAAAACUGCAACAUUCUGUCCACAUUAAAUGUCAACUGAACUUAUAUCUUGAAUGAGCACUUUCAACAUUUUAAAGGCAGAACGGAGGAACAGAUUAUUUGUUCAUAUUCUGCGAUGUUCUGCCUGCAAAUCAAUUGAGCAUUUCCAAACCAUUUUUUAAAAUUUUGAAACCUACAUUUUCCCCUUUAAAGAAACAAAGUUAUUCAAAGUCUCUUCAUAGAGCCCCUCUCUGCCUCUCUGGGCCUCCCCUCUCCGACCCCCCAUUCUCCCCCUCUCUCUGGCUCUCUGCUGGACACACGCUUUCCCUCCCAUGCCCAGGCCUCCUAGUAAGAGAUCAGUUUCCCAUAUUCAAGAAAUUGGUGUUGUAUGCAUCAAUCAAUAUUCUGAAACUUAAGCCAAAAGGAACCUCUUAUAAGGCCUGUUUUCCUUAAGGAUAAUGAGCCUUUAUAAGAUGUAUCAAAUUAAAAAAUCAGAGCAAGCGUCCUCCUCCUGUUUUUGCUUGCCUCUGAUGGAAACUGAAAUAAGAUUUUAGGAACCUGGACCUUUGAGACAUGACACUAACAGGUGGUGAUCACAGAGGAUAGGUACAAAGGUCUUGAAGCUUGCUUAGAGCUUUGUUUCGUGGCGGCACACAAAUUAGAACUUGUGCCAUCACUGGCAAACGUCAUCGUAUCACAGAUAGGUGUGAGUGUCUGUGUAACUGUGAGUGCUAGUGUGUGUGUGUGCACACAUAUUUGUGUGUAUGCACACCUUUGUGUACCUGUGUCCACGUGAUUGUGGGUGUACCUGUUAUGUGAAACUCUGUUAAAAAAAAAAAUUGCUUCGCAUUUAAUGUGCAACUUUGAAGUAGUGUACUAUUUACCCGAAGUAUUUUGCCACGCGGUUUUGAUGUCUUUGAACGUGUACUAUCUUCAAGCAGGCUUUCUAGUACAUGUUGCUUAACUAACUUUUCCGAAGAGCCGAGUUGACUUUUGUUGUUUUUCCUUGCCUACCAACCAAAGGGAUGGAGGGGGCUCUUUUUUUUCCCUCGUGAACGGGGCAGGGAGAGGAUGUAACCGCAGUCCCAGUCACUCCUUCAGUGCCUGGUGAUCGCGAGGGCAGUAGGUUUCGUCAGUUCCUUUAGACUCUUCUCUUCUCCCAACCUAAUCAAAUUGUGUGUUGUGGCUUUUGUUCAGUAUGGUAACGGUGCACUCUAUAGGCAGCCUUUCUUUAAGCCUUCUGUCACCAUUUUUAUUUUCAACUAAGUUUUAAGUCACAAUCGUUCAGAAUUGUGGAAAGCAAAGAUGAUUUGGGGGAAAAUGCUCUGUUGCUUUAUUUGUAUAUUAGGUUCAGGGGGCUGCUGGCAGACAGGGUACAACAUGAGUGUAACACUUGCUGAAUAAAUAGAUGGGAAACCCCAUACACAAUAGCACCUACAAACAGUCACAGGUACAAGUAGUCACAGGUACGUAUAGUCACGGGUAGAGCAUAACAAAUAUGCAGUCUUUCUGACACUAGUUCUUACUUUACAGACACAACUAGUUUAUUCAGUAUUGUGCUGGAAGAAUCCUUUUAGAAUAUGUGUACCAGCAUAUCACUUACUUUCCAGCUACUGGUUUAUGCUGCUGUUAAGAAAAAACAGUGAUGGAACGAUUAAUAUUAUUAUUUAAUUUUAUUUUUGUUUUUUUAU